AUGAGGAAUACGAAUUCAACUGUUGCCAUUGUCAAAUCGGAACUUGAUGUCUACAUUUUGUAUCGUCGACGAUUCUAUGUGCUUGGUAUUAUUUCAUUUCUUACUUUCAAUCAAUGUGUAUUCUGGCUGACUUUUUCUCCUGCUUCACCAAGUACACAAAAGUUCUAUGGCAUAUCAUCAACAACUGUCGAUCUUCUCUUCAAUUGGGGACCAAUUAUAUUCAUACCCUGUCUUCCCCUAACCUAUCUUUUUCUCAACAGACGAAAUGGUCUUCGACAUACGGUCAUUCUUUUGGCGCUAGCUGGUUUUAUCGCUACAUUUCUCCGAGUUCUACCUUCAAUUAUCAGCUCAACUUCGAGUUCACGAUUCCGAACCAUCUCCAUGCCAUUUCUUCAUACCGGCCAAAUAAUUAAUGCCACUUGUGGCCCUUUGGUCAUGGCACCAGUAUCUCAAUUAUCAUGUCUCUGGUUUGGUCCAAACGAACGAACACUAGCAACUACUUUAGCAAUCAUGGCUAAUGUAUUCGGCUCUACUAUCAGUUUUCUCAUCAAUCCGGCAAUCGUUUCUCGUUCUAGUAAUCUACCGCAUCUUCUCUAUUUUCAUCUGGCUUUGGCAGUAGUAGCUGGUUUUCUUGCAUUGAUUUAUUUUCCCGCUCAGCCACCUACAGCACCAUCCGCUGCUGUUAAAUUGCUUAUGCAAGGAGAAGGUCAGAGUAUAAAUACUGGACUGAAAGCUUAUCUCAAAGGUCUGCGUGAAUGUAUGGCGAAUCCUUCAUUUGUCCUACUAUCAACAGCAGGCGGUGUCAUGGCAGGGACCUUUCCGAUGUGGACUGGAUUGUUCGCCACCAUUCUUGCUCCCGAAAAUUAUUCAAAAAAACAAGCUGCCAUCUCUACUAAUGUUAGUAGCAUAAUUUCAUUCGUCGAUAUUUCGGUAAAAAGUGGCAUUACUUACGAUAAUUAUGUUAUUAAUCCAGCAAAUCCGAUUCCGAUCAAUGAUCACAGUCGACUGGCUUUUGUCGAUAUCAAUGGAGAUGGUUGGGACGAUAUCGUUAUGCACAGCCUAUAUCCUAAUUUGCAAAGGAAUAUUUCACUCGAGCACUUAGUGUUUGUCAAUAAUCGAAAUGGUACUUUCACUCAUUUUAGCGAUGUAUCGGGCUUGCGCCAUGUUCAAGCCGGCUUUUUUGUCUUUGGUGAUAUCGAUAACGAUGGCGAUCAAGAUGUUUUUACUGGUCUGGACUAUCCAACCGUGGGCUUAACUAAUCAUAUUUAUUUGAAUGACGGUAAUGGUCAUUUCACUGAGCUGCACAACUCAGGCACUGAAGGCAAUGCAGGUGAUUCCACUGCUGCGAGUGCUAGUUUCGCCGAUUUUAAUAAUGAUGGUAUUCUCGACUUGUACCUGGGUAAUGGCGGAUCACUGAAAGGCGUUGCUGAUCAAUUAUUCUUCGGCAAAGGUGAUGGCACCUUUGAUGAAGUUACGGCUAACAAUCUGCUGGGCAUCAAUCCUAAGCAGCCGACAAAUGGUGUAGUCGUAUGUGACUAUGACAAUGACGGUGAUGUUGAUAUUUUUGUUUCAACUUAUGGUGUCAGCAUUGCUCUAGGUCAUAAUAUAUUGUGGGAAAACGACGGUACCGGAAAGUUUACUAAUGUAGCGAGUUCCCGUGGAUUUUUGGCACAAGCCACCGGCAACUAUUGGUUAUCUUCAACUGGUAAUGGAACUUUCUUUGAAUCUGACAAAAAUGUUAGCAGUUACGUUGGUUCAAAUGGUUUUGGCAUCGAUUGUGAAGAUGUCAAUGGUGAUGGCUUAAACGAUAUUUUUUUAGCUACAAUUUCACAUCCGGUUGAUUCUGACUACAAUCGUAAAUGGUCUGAUCCAACUCAGCUCUUGAUUAGUCAUCUCGUGAAUGGUACUCGACAUAUUUUUGUCAAUGAAUUUUUGCAGCGUCACUUGCCAUUUAACGAGGGUGACAUCGAUGCCGGUUUUGUCGAUUUUGACAAUGACGGACGGCUUGAUCUGGCGCUGACACGUGACACUAAAUAUGAAUCGAAAUAUACAGCCUUCGAUCAACUCGCUUGGUUUGGUCUUAUGCAUCAAAAAAAUGAUGGUAACUUUGAAAUUUUGGGUGCCAUUAGUGGUAUCAACGAUUUACAAGCCACUGGCAAAGCUGCCCGUAUGAAAGGUGCGCAAAAUUUCGGCUGGAGUGAUAUUGAUCAUGAUGGUGAUCUUGAUUUGCUGGUGGGCGGACGUGAUCAAGGUGGUGGACGAACGAACUUUUUGUUCGAAAAUACAGUUGGACAAGAGAAAUCUUGGCUGGCAAUCAAACUAAUAGGUGAUGGUAUUAAUGUGAAUCGCGAUGCGAUUGGAGCUCGUGUGACACUACGUUUUAGUAACUGGAUGAUGAUGCGUGAAAUGAAAUCAAGUCGUGGUACCUAUAGCUCGGCUGAUACACGUGUAUUGCAUUUUGGUCUUGGUGAUUUCGGUGAGAAAUUUAUGAUAGAAGUCCGGUGGCCGGAUGGCACAUUACAAACUUACAAUAGCAAUAUGCUGGUGCUAAAUCGUUUUAUUGUGAUUGAUUAUGAUAGAGGACUACAAUCACAAAGUUGUGGAGCAACUUGUUUCCACAGAAAAUGUAUACUGUACUGCACUGUACUGUGUUUAUUCUAUGCACUUUUUCUUUCACGAAUACAUCAAAACUAG